AUGCCUUCCAAAUCCUCCAAGUCCUCCUCUACCAGCGCCCAGCGCUCGGGCUGCUGCUGUCUCUCCGUCCGCACCCUCAGCUUUCUCGCCCUUUUCCUCGCCCUGUUCGCCGGCGUGUACAGCUUCCUCGACGCGCGCCUGGAGCAGUUCUACGUCUUCGAACCCGAGCACCUGCACGAUCUCUCGCAGCGCGCUAUCAGCGCCCACGGUGAUGACACGCGCUCCGUCGUCAACUACAUUGUCGCCGAACUCGAGCAGAAGGUCGGCUCCAAGUAUCUGAACACCGAGGAGGAGUGGGUUUUCAACAAUGCUGGCGGUGCGAUGGGCGCCAUGUACAUCAUCCAUGCCAGUAUCACCGAGUACCUGAUCAUCUUUGGAACUGCCAUCGGCACAGAGGGCCACACGGGCCGUCACACAGCCGACGACUACUUCAACAUCCUGCACGGCACCCAGCUUGCCUACGUCCCCGGCGAAUUCGAGCCCGAGGUCUACCCGGCAGGCAGCGUGCACCACCUGGUCCGCGGCGAGGUCAAGCAGUACAAGAUGGACUCGUCCUGCUUCGCGCUCGAAUACGCCCGGGGCUGGAUCCCGCCCAUGCUCUUCUUUGGGUAUGCCGACACCUUUUCCAGCACGCUGGACUUCCCGACGUUGUGGGCGACGACGCGGAUCACGGGGCGCGAGAUGAUUGGAAAUCUACUACAGUUUAAGCUGUGA